GCUUUUACCUGCAACUCACCAUUUUUUUGGCUAUGGAGACAGCUUCUCAUUUGGUUUAUAUUAUUCUCUUUCUCUCAACUCUUGUUUCAUUUCCAUUGUUAAGGAAGCAGAAGAGAGGGAUUCAGUUCAAAAGAUUGUACAGGCUUCCUCCUGGUUCAAUGGGUUGGCCAUACGUUGGGGAAACCCUUCAACUCUACUCUCAAGACCCUAACAUCUUCUUCUUGACUAAACAAAAAAGAUAUGGAGAAAUAUUCAAGACGCGCAUCCUGGGUUGCCCUUGUGUGAUGCUGAGCAGCCCCGAGGCGGUGAGGUUUGUGCUGGUGACUCAUUCCCAUUUGUUCAAGCCGACGUACCCCAAGAGCAAAGAGAAGCUCAUCGGCCCUCACGCGCUCUUCUUCCACCGCGGCGGAUACCACACUCGGCUGAGGAGAUUGGUCCAAAACUCCCUAGCCCCUCAAACAAUUAAGAAGCUUGUCCCUGAUAUCCAACACAUAGCCCUUAAAACCCUCGAAUCAUGGGCUGCCUCUCAACAAGUUAUAAACACCUUUUAUGAGAUGAAAAAGCUGUCAUUCGACGUUGGCAUUUUAUCCAUUUUUGGUCACCUAGACAAAGGGUUCAAAGUGAUGUUGGAGGAGAACUACCGGCACGUAGAUAAAGGUUACAAUUCUUUCCCAACAAACAUUCCCGGGACUGCGUAUCACAAAGCAAUCCUGGCGAGGAAGAAGCUGAAUGAGAUUUUGGGUGAAAUAAUCUGUGAGAGGAAAGAGAGAAGGGUUUUGUCGGAGGACUUGUUGGGACAUUUUUUUAACUUCAGGGACGAAAAUGGACAAACUCUGAGCGAUGACCAGAUUGCCGAUAACAUUAUUGGAGUACUUUUUGCAGCACAGGACACAACAGCCAGUGUUAUAACAUGGGUUCUUAAAUUCCUACAUGAUGACCCCAAACUUCUAGAAGCAGUUAAGGCUGAGCAAAUGACGAUAUAUGAGUCAAACAAUGGAGGAACAAUGCCCCUAACAUGGGAACAAACAAGAAGCAUGCCUCUUACACAUAGGGUGAUACUAGAGAGCUUGAGGAUGGCAAGCAUCAUAUCUUUCACAUUUAGAGAAGCAGUAGUUGAUGUGGAAUACAAGGGUUACUUAAUCCCCAAGGGUUGGAAAGUGAUGCCAGUGUUCAGGAAUAUUCAUCAUAACCCUGAAUUCUUUCCUGAUCCUCAUGAAUUUGAUCCAUCUAGAUUUGAGGUGGCACCAAAACCCAAUACCUUCAUGCCAUUUGGAAACGGCAUUCAUGCUUGCCCCGGCAACGAGCUGGCCAAGCUGGAGGCUCUCAUCUUUAUCCACCACCUAGUAACACGCUUUAGGUGGGAGGUGGUGGGUUCUAAAAGUGGUAUUCAAUAUGGCCCAUUCCCAGUGCCUCAACAAGGACUCCCAGCCAGAUUUUGGAAGGAACAAAGCAGUCCUAUUCAAGAUGUUUGCCCUUAAUUUAGUUAUUUAGUUCCAAAUCUGGGGAAAAUUACUACCCCAUCGCACCACUGUAUCCCACCUGUUUUUCACCAAUGGGGUCUCAACAAAU